AUGACCUUCAUACCUCUUCUUGUUACCGUCGACAACGAUGACGAGACACGGACGCGUAUACUCACGCGCAUAUACCUGAUGAUUGCCCUCUUCAUCGUCUCCUUCUUCGCUGUCUCUUUCCCGGCCGUAGCACGCUCUCGGCGCAAUCUCCGAGUCCCAUCCUUCCUUUUCUUUGUCGGGAAGCACUUCGGGACGGGCGUUAUCCUUGCAACGGCGUUUGCACACUUGCUGCAAGAUGCUUUCGCUGCGCUGAUGAGCGAGAAGGUCAAGGAGCGCUGGGGGAUCGGAAAGUGGACAGGGCUGAUAGUUCUCAGCUCGCUCCUCUCCAUCUUCCUGGUUGAAUAUAUUUCAACGUCCUUCGUCGACCGCCUGCACUCCUACUCCUCCGAGCCCCCAUCCCCAUUAUCCACCUCACCUCCACAUUCGCCGAAACCGAGUAGUCCGUGUCUCGCUGCGCGAACACACCUACCCUCGCCCCCGCCCGAUGGCCUUGCGGACCCAUCCCCUGCGAUCAUGGUCCAGAAUCUGGAAAGGUUGGUCUAUGCGCCAGACAACAUCUCACAGCAGGAAUGUUCUUCGGCGAACAGCCCGCCGACGGUGACGGAGCACACGCCAAUGUCCUCCGCCGCCGCUUCUUCGCAGCGGAGACCAUCGUCUUACUCUACCUUUCCCGCUCCUUCAAACCACUUAGACCACGUGAGGACCCCGCGCUUCUCCCCACACGCACAUUUUCAUUCGCAUUCGCAUUUGCCCCUCGGCCGUGGGGACGGCGGGGACGGGGCGGACGACGAGAUCUUCGCGGGCGGGCAUCACCGGCACGAGGAGCGCACCGCGCAUUCCCGGCACCACUCUCACCAGUACUGGGAGGCCUGGCGGACGUGGCUUGGGCUGCGGCAAGGCGGGGAAGGGGGUGUGGACGAGGAGGCGGAGGCGGAGGCGGCGGCAGCGGCAGCGGCGGAGCGUGGGCGCGAGGCGGAGCGUGCGCACAAGAAGGUAGCGGCUCAUGAGCCCUCGCAUGCGCACCUGGAUCUUGAAGAUGGGUACCUCAGUGAUGGAGCGGAUGAAGGGGGAGCACUGAGUACGCUUGUCGAGGACGAAAUCGGCGAUAGGGAGGAGGCAGAGAAGGUGCGGGUGGGGCGGCGGCGGCAGAUCGUCGGGAUACUGAUGCUGCAAGUGGGCAUCAUGCUACACUCGCUUGUCAUCGGGCUCACGCUCGCCAUCACCUCCGGGCCCGAGUUCACUUCGCUCGUCAUCGCCAUCGCGUUUCACCAGCUAUUCGAAGGACUCUCGCUGGGGAUCCGCAUCGCGGGUCUGCCCGACUCCGGGGCGGCUACAAGUCUGUUCAGCCGCGCUCUCAAGCCGACGCUCACGCUGGCCUUCGCGCUGACGACGCCCAUCGGGAUCGCCCUCGGCUUGGGCAUCUUCGCACCGGGGACUGCUGGCGGCGACGAAGCGCACCUCCUCUUGGUUCAGGGCCUGAUGUCAGCGCUAAGUGCGGGGAUGCUUAUUUACGCGGCGUGCGUGGAGAUGCUGGCCGGGGACUUCGUGAUGGACCCGCGGCUCUGGCGGGCGAGCGUCCUGCGGCAGGCGCUGGCGUUGUGCAGCCUCUUUUUGGGCGUGGGCGCGAUGGUGGUUGUAGGAUUGUUCGACUGA